CGUCGAUCGCGCCAACAGCGGCCACGACCGCGGCCACGACAGUAGCAGCAGCAGUAACAGCAGCAACGAUUACAGCAGCAGCGAUUACAACGCCAGGAACGAUUUCUGGGCAUGUACGUCUUCUAUCCGGCGGACGAGCUCCUGCGUAUCUAUGAAAAUCCGAUUCGGGAGUCCGUGUCGUCACUGACCGUCAAUAACGACGCAGCAGUGAACAACGCAGUCAAUUGCAUUGAAACAAAACAGCAGCAGCAACAUAAUAAACUACAGCAGCAGCAGCAGCAGUUGCAACAGCAGCAACAGCAACGAAACGUCGUCGCGAACGACGUUCGUAAUAAGCGCAGAAAGGAGAAAAAGCGCGAGACUAGUCAGACGGCGGCUGGCAGGAAACAAACCCACGUGCGUAACGUCGGUAGUGACGUAGUCGGUAAAAAAGAAGGACGACAGAGCGAGGAGCAGCACGCAACCGGGACUAUGCAAAAUAAUCGUGCCUCCGGCUCCGAAGAGGCCGCCGCCAAUCAUCCCUUCAAAGACCUCACGCAGCCGGCCCUCAACGAGCCGCUCAAGCAGCACAAUGGCAUCGCGCUCAAGCUCGUGCAAACGGUCUCCGAGUUUGCUCAGGAGUUGGGCGCCGCGAUCGAGAGCCACUCGGCGACCGUGCGACGUUUGGUCGACGAAUUUCGCAGUCGAUCGAGCGAUACGAGGACCGACACCGGCGGCAUGCGACGAGUCUGGGAGAAUUUGAUGCGGCAAGUCGAGGCGGACGCGAUGUCGCAGCUCGACCUGGCCGCGACUUUGCAGCAACAGCUGUCGAGGUCCACUUUAGAAGCGAGUUUCCACCGGAAGCUGCAGUCGAGAAAGGUAUUCGCACAUCGCGACACUUACGAGCAGAUGAUUAGCAAAACGGAGGAGAAGUUGCAGCGCGCCAGACUGGAUUACAAACGCGCUUACGCCGCGUUGCUAACCAACGACGCCGGCGGCAGUGCAGAGCAGGAAUUGAAACGAGCUUACCUGGAGUCGCACAACGCCUAUGUUAUGCAGCUACGCGCCACGAACGCUAUCACCGAGCGAUAUCAGUUCCAUUGUCUGCCCGGGCUAUUGGGCGAGAUUGCCGAGGUCUAUGAGGAACUUUGCGGAUUGGCUUGCAAAUGCGUCGCCGGGAUCUCGGAGGCGGUCAGCGAACGAUACGGCGAACAAGCAAAGCGUUAUCAGAGCUUGACCAAGGAAGCGCAGGCGGUUGUCCCGGCAAACGAUCUACAGGCGUUGGUGCGAACUUUGUCCGUGAACGCGACGCCGCGGAAGCCGCCGCGACGCCUGUACGUCGCGCCGGCACCACCCGAGCAGAUACCAAUGGAGAAAAUCAGUCAAAUACCCACACUCAGGGACGAACUGGCACCAACGGGCGCAAGCACGCUCCCUCUCAUGGAGAAUCUUAAACACGAAUACGACAAUCUCACCCAGGAAAUAGGUCGUCUGCAAGAUGCGUUAGACACUCUCGUGCGAAUGCAGCGCAAGAGCGCUGAGAGUAAUCUUUAUACGAAAGUAGCCGAGCUACAAGAAGAUAUUUCAGUCAAACGUUUUGACCUCGGUAUGGCGCAAUUGCGGUUAGCCGCAGUGCAAGCACAGAAGGAGCUGUUCGGAGGCGGAGAGGCCGCGCAACCGGAUGGAGUGACCAGUCGGAAGAUGUCGAACGGUUCGACCGGAAGUCCCAAGCUCAAAUGGCUAAAGGCGUUCAAGAGUCUAAAGACCAGCUCGCCCACGACGCCGCCUCUGUCCGACAAGAAGAGCCUCGAGUCCGAAGGCGGACACACCUGGCGAGAGUACACGUACCGUAAGAUCACGCCGUGCGACGCGUGCGGUCAGGUUCUGCGCGGCCACAGCCGCCAGGGUGUUCGGUGCCGCGGGUGCAAGGCGAACGCGCACACAGACUGCAUCAACAUGGUGCAGCCGGUGAUGUGUCCGAGUCUGGCCCCGAAGAAGGGCGGCGGCAUACCGCUUCUGCGACGGCAAAAGACGCAAGUACCCGCCGACGAGAUGCCGGCGUCUUCCGAUCACAACGUGGACGCCAUAUACCAGGUGCUGAAGCAGGCAGGCGAGAUCCGUGGAAAUUCGACAAAUUCACCACCUACGCCUCCCACAGCAGAACAUCCUCCCUCCAGUGCAGCACCUUCAUCAGCGAGGGCUUCCUCCCAUCCCUGUUCCUCGUCCACCUCUGCGCCGCAUAGCCCGCAACGUAGACGCGAGAGAUUGAAUCUGAGGAUGAAAAGCCUCAGCUUGGACUCACCGGAAGGCACCGCGCACGUACGGCAUCGUCCGCGGGAUUAUUAUGCCGCCGGUCCACGUGGAACCACACCGCCCCGACACUCCGAUAGCGGCAGUAUCAACAGACUGUUACACGGAAGUCAACAUCCGGGAUACGAAGCACCAUGUAGUCCGGGUCAGAGCCACGGUAUGCACGGUAAGCACGUGAGGAGCCCUAUACGGAUGUCAUCGAUGGAACUUCAGGACGAUAACGAGAAGUCGUACUCGUCGGCGAGUACGUCGCCAUGUCCGUCGCCGCACACCAAUAAUCAGAACCACUUGAACCCGCCCGGCAAACGCGUGCUACCACCCAACAACCUCUACGUCGUUCUGUACAACUUCGAGGCACGACAUCCGGACGAGCUGGAUCUUAAAGCCGGUUAUAAGGUGACAGUGAUUGAUAAGUCGGAAAAAGAUUGGUGGAAAGGCAAGUGUCUUGGUGGUCGCGUCGGUUAUUUUCCAAGUGCGUAUGUGAUGCGAGUCGAAUCCGGUCAGAGGACACUUCAAGUCACACGCAACUUACAAUUGGCUGAUCAAACCACUCUUCUGCGAGAUCAGAUCGUGAUUCAAGUAGGCGAAGAGAUAGACGGUGUGGCAAUGGUGAGAUGCGCGUCGACGUUCGCAUCCGCCGAUCAUACCGGCAAAGAGGGUGAUGUUCUUUACAAGGAGAUUCUUUGCCCUCUCAAGUACCUGCAGGAAGUGUGACAGCAACCUUAUCAUCAU